AUGUCUGUCAACAUAAAGUAUGUGACUUCCCCUGAUGGUACUGCGAUAUGUGCAGAAGAAACUGGGGAUCGGUCUGCGCCCGCUGUCGUCUUCAUACAUGGCCUGGCUUGUACCGCUGCAGGGUUCGACAAUCAGUUCAAUGACCCCCAGCUCUCCAGUAACCUACACCUUGUGAGGUAUGAGAUGCGAGGCCAUGGACGCAGUGACAAACCCGAAGAUAUGAAGUCCUAUUCAGCCAUUCGUCAUGCCGAGGAUUUCCGCACUGUCUGUGAAGCAUUCCGAUUGGACAGGCCAUUUGUGUUAGGAUGGAGUCUGGGCGGGUGCAUUCCGGUCGACAUUGUUCACUACUUCGGUCCCAAAUCGAUUUCUGGAGUCAUUUAUAUCGGAGGAGCACUCCUGUCGCUAAACCUCAGCGCACAGUGCCGGCACCCGCUCUUCAAGCCCUUGGUACCUUUAAUCUGCUCCUCAGACGCACAAGUUGCUGCCAAGAGCGCUGUACCCUUCGUCGACUCGUGCGUUGCAGAUCCAGCCGCUCUCUCAUAUAGCACCAAGCUGUCCUUGGUCGGCGGCUUCGGACUCCAGCCGCCGAUCAUUCGAUAUUUCUCCUUGAACCGCGAGCAGGACGACUCACGCUGGCGGGAACAAGCCAGGCAUAUUCCGGUUGUUAUCAUCCAGGGGACUGAGGACACGCACUGCAUGUACGAGGUCAUGAUUGGACUGGCCAAGUCCAUAUACGAUCAGGUGGAGGUGCAUUUAAUGCACGGUGUGGGUCACUCACCGCAUAUCGAGCGGCCGCAGGAUGCCAACCGUCAUAUCCUUGCCUUUGUGAGGAGCAUUUCUCAGCCGCGGUACUUCCGAGUAGACGUCUUCAAGCAAGCUGCAAGCCCAAGAACUACUCCUGACUUCCGACAGCAGCACGAAGAUAUGGGCGGAGGCGGACCUUUAGAUUGA